CAGCCCAAAAAUGAGGUCGUAGCCCAAAAAGGUGAUGUAGAUGAAUCACACAAGUCAGCGCUUGAGAAACAUGGGGCAAUAUAUAAUUGAUUGACGGAGCUUCAAUUUUCGUUGCCGGGUCCCAGUGGCGUACCUUAGAUCUGAGUCUUGAUAGUUGUCGUUCCCCUCUUCUCGAACCUUCUCCGGUGGCCUCUCCGGUGCAGGUAGCUCAGAGUUGCAUCCAUGGACAAAGAUAGCACGUUCGAUCGCCUGGAUGAUGCGAUCAAGGAUGCUGAAGUGAAAGGGUUUAAUCCUGGGCUGAUUGUGUUGCUUCUUGUUGCUGGGAUACUACUAGCUUUCCUGGUUGGGAAUUAUAUACUCUACUCAUAUGCGCAGAAGACUCUCCCCCCACGAAAAAAGAAGCCAGUCUCCAAGAAGAAGUUGAAAAGAGAGAGACUGAAACAAGGCGUAUCUGCACCAGGAGAAUAGAUAUCAAAAAGCAGUCUGUCAAAUUUCUUGGAGAAUAGAUAUCAAAUGCGCAAUCUGUCGGUUUGCUCCAUGUUGAACUGUUGUGUUCGGAAGUUCUCUACCAUUUAUGGUGGGGAGAGAGUUUUUUUCUUUUUUCCUUCCAUAGUUCAUAGACAUUGGAAUUAACUUAGCUGAAUUUACCUUUUGUGUGUUUAGAGACCAGUGAGAAUGUUGCUUGUUCUUUGAA